UAGAGGCGGGUAUUCUCAUCUGUUGCUUAUCUCAAGGUCACCGUUCCGCUGUGGACUUACUAUUAUUGUCCAUGCUUCCUUUUCCUUUCUUGCUUGAAGAAAUCAGGAAAGUUGGAAUUCCUGUUAAUUUUCACUGGCCCCAGGACUUCCCCCAGUCCCUCAUCUCUACCUCAUACGAUCUCCUCUAUGUCACUUUCGGACUCCCAACUCUCAGUUUUCCUUUCGGGUUUGGCGUACGACGUCAUUUGACUGUCUCCUCAAAGUGUGUCUGAUCCAUCUCUAUUUUCUCCUACAUAUUUAUCGAGCAAUAGCUUCUUGUUUUCAGCAAAAGUCAGUAGAAGAACCUCGAUUGGAAAUAAAAUAUGAUCAUGUCUCUCAUGUUGGUAUCAGUCAUGUCAUGCUCUUCAUCAAUUCAAUUGGUCAAGUUUAUGAUUCUAUCCCUGUUGAAGAUUAUCAGGAUGUUUACAUUGCAUCAAGUUUCCUGCAAGUACAUUCUUUGCAAAAAAUGAUGAGCUCUCGUUUAGAGGGUACUCUUUGUGUGGACAAUGUUCUGAAGAUUAUGAAUUUGGCUCAUUGGUUUGACGAUGACCAGCUAUUCAGAAAAGCUAUUUUGUUUCUUUGGCAUGAAUUCCAAUUAAUCGACUAUUCUUCAAAUGAUUUCGUCAAUUUAAAUACAAAACAAAUUACAUAUAUAUUUCAAAGUGAUCAAAUCAAUAUAUCUCAGGAACGUAUCGCUCUAGACGCAAUACUCACAUGGCUUUGCCAUGAUGUACAGAGUCGGAUGGAUUUUUUUAAGAAUAAUUUUUUCCAUCUUGUGAGACUGCCCCUUCUAACUAGACGUGAACUACUGGAGAUAAUCGGCAAUCCAAAAUAUCGUCUAGCCAAUGAUGCUUUGCAAUUUUUAUUUUUGGCUCAUAGUUGUUUAAAUCAUCCAUCAUUUCUCAAUGAAUUAGAUAAUUAUACAACAGCAAACUUUAGAGAUUAUCAAUAUUUAAGUAGUUCACUUAUGGAUCCUAAACAAUAUCGAGCAAGAGUUGGAACUGUCUAUCGAGUCUAUGCACUUGGUGGGGAAAGCGAUUCAAAUAAUAGUACUUUGAUGUCUUAUGGAUCACAAACUAAUGAAUUUGUGGUGUACAAUGAGGAUUUAAGCGUUGCCACAGUGUAUCCACCUCCAUAUGCUGCCUCCAGAGUACAUCAUGCUAUGGCAUCUUCUCUUAAUUGGAUAUAUGUAGUUGGUGGUGAAUCUGAAGAAGGAGAAUUACUCAAUCACUGUUGUCGUUAUAGUUUAACAGAUCAUGUCUGGCAUUCAAUGAGUGAGCUUGAUUGUCCUAGAUCACAUCAUGCUUUAAUCUGUAUUGAAAAUUAUCUCUACAUAUUUGGAGGUUAUUGUUUAAACUGGGCAACAAAUUAUUCACCUGCAAGUGAUUCAAUUUUAGUUUAUGAUAUUUGUACAAAUCAGUGGAGUAAUUCACAUCAUAAACUACCAUUUAGUUUAGUGGAUACAUGUGCAUUGCUUUUAAUGCAUAAAGGUCUAGUCAUGUUCGCUGGUGGUCUUAAAGAAUACGGUGAUGAAAUGCGUCCAUCUGACUGUGUUUUUCUCUUCGAUCCAACCGGAGAAGAUGGUGUUAAUUUUAAAUUUUUACCAAAAUUACCUGAACCAUUAAUAAGUGUAGCAUUAGCUUGUGAUGCAUCAGAGGAGCAAGUAUUUUUAUGCGGUGGUAGAAAGUCUGUAUACGGUUCUACACUUAAUGAUAUUUCGAAUAAAGUUUACUCCUUCAAAUUUACUUCUAAUUGUUGGACACAAAUUACUGUAUUGGAUUUUCCACGUUAUAACGCCUUUUCGUGUGUAUUAGAAGAUAAAUUAUAUGUGAUUGGCGGAAUUACAGUGGAUGAAGUUAUUGAGAAUACUUGUAGUUCAUUGAUUGCCUCAUUAAUUGAUACUGAUUAUGGAGAUAAUUCCAUAACAGAUGAUAGACAGUUGAACAGUCAUGAUGAAAAUGAUAAUAUAUCUAUAUCUACUAAUUUAUUAGAACAAUUUUCUGUCGGUAAUUAUAUUCGUCCAGAUAUCUUACAAGCUCCAUUUAGACCAUGUCAUUUCACUGAAGGUUGGCAAAUAAAAUCAACUUCAUCGUCAUCAUCUUCAUCUUCGUUAUCAUCACCAUCCUCUUUGCCAGCAUCAACGAGUAACUCAUAUUCAACACUAAGUCAAUCCCGUCCAAAACGAUUAAAGCUAUCAUUGGCUCGAUAUACAAGUCGACUACCUGUAAUAUCAAGAUGUUAUGCUGUCUACUGUAUAGCACCGUAUUUACAUACUGUGAAACAAUCAGUUAAUAUACGAAAUAGUAAUUACACUUGAGUUAUUUUAUUGUACAGAAGAUAAUUUUUACUGUUGGCGUUUGUUUAUCUUUGUACAUUUGUAUAAUGUAGUGUGUCUGUGUGUGUCUUUCUUCUCAACUUGUCCUUCAUAAGUGAUAAUCAAAUAAUAAUCAUUUCAACAAGAAUUUUUUUCAAUUAUUCAUUUGUAUCCACUACCUUUUUUGUCUUUCGUCGUUUUAGAGUAUUGGUUUUGUAGGGAUUUUGUUUGAUUGCGUGGAGGAUUUAAUCAUGAGCUGACAUCAGUUAGAGAACCACAGGAAAAUCAACUGGGAGUACUGGACAGCUGUUUCGACCUAGUUUGGGACUCUUCAGCAGUACGCACCCACCGACAGAGUUCGAAGCCAGGACCUUCUGGUUACAAGGCGAGCUCGUAUACCAUUAAGCCACUGGGACCCGAUCCAAUGGUCCUUGAAUUCUAACUUCUACCAGUUCACGACAUAGCGCGACCACUUCGCAAUGUCUUCUUCGAUGAGUUACUGCCUCAUCUUCAACCUGCUGUACCCUACUGGUCACGGCUUCCCACUAGGACCCCAGGUUAACUGCCUGAAUAGGGCCAGUCGCUAGUGAGCAUCAGAUUAAUCUUCAAGUACUGGUUUUGUAGGAAUUUUGUUUGAUUGCAUGGAGGAUUUAAUCAUGAGCUGACAUUAGUUCGUCGUUUUGUUCUUUCGUUCUCAGUUUCGUUCCAGUUUCUUAUUCUAUUCUAUUCUAUUCCAUUCUAUUUUUGGCCUUUGCAUUCAUACAGUUUAUACUACUUAUUAUUGUACUGAAAUAGUUAUUCUAUAAAUUAUACGGAUUAAUUAUCCUAAGAUUGUUUUUUCUUUAUUUCGUGAAAAUAUGGAAAUAAUGUUUGUGUUUGUAUUUUUUUUUAAAAGUAUCCCUUUUUUAUGCAUUGUUGUUUUAUGCACAUAGUUAGUUAAAUAGCGGUGUGAUUCGUUAUCAUGUGAUGUGUGGUUGACAGUGUUUUUCUUUUUCUUCGUGACUGUUUAUUAGGUUUUUCCUUUUUUUUUCUCUUUGUCACACUAAUACUGAGUAACUGUGUGCCCAUAUGUGAUAAAGGCAUGUGAGAAUAUAGGAGUUUUUAGAUUGUAAAGAAAUGCCUAUGUAAUCUAUGUAUCUUGAUGCGUUAAAGGGGAGAUGUUAUUGUUAACUUUGGCACAUAACUAACUUACAGUCAGUGAAUUCUAAAGUGGAUUCCUGUCUCUCCUGUUUCAGCAUAAUGGACUGACUUGAAUGGACAUUAGGUAGUAAUUAAUGUCAUGCGUGUUUAGUCCUUGGUGUUGGUGCAAGCUAAAUGCUAUCAGUCAAGUUUAUGAUGUGGCCAUCACACUAGAUGGUUCCCCGUUGUCACAGUGCACCCAGGAUUGUUAGAUGAUUGGGAAGAAUCAGCAAGAAGCCUUGGAAAAUUAGCUUUCGUACUUGGUGGCACUUGUCUACACAGAAAUUAAGGACUAGAUGUAUAACAUUUGGCUAAUACCUAAUGUCCAAUCGUAGUAUCCAGCACAGUCUUACAGAUGGUCAGUCGCUAUCCUGAAUAGUUCAGUUGUAAUAUCCCUGACUUCAUCACUGGUGACCCGCGUUCGAAUCCCAGAGGAGACAUGAGUUCCUUCAGGACUGCAGAUACGCCUUGCUUGACGAUUACCACCAAAAAGCACGAAACCGAGGGCCAAGUCUUCCUAUCGACUGCCUCUAACCGCCUAACAACAACUUUAAUCCUUUGAGUUUCCAGUGGAAAAUAGGGCUUCAGACUAGAGCUUUGAAGUUCCAGUAGCAGGGGUUACUGGCCUUUCACCCAACCGCCCCUCUUUAGCAGUCUUAGUACCGGCCAAACGAGGUAAAGGAGUGCUUCAGCCGGAUAUCGAACCCCAGACCACUUGCGUGGUUGACUAGUGCUCUACCACUGAGCCGCCAAACAACAAUAAUGGGCUGUGUAAUAUCAUUAAACCUUACACAAUAGGCAGGACUCAUAAAGUAAUGCAAGCAAAAUCUGGUCAAGGUAAGCGUUUUCUAAUUAAUUGAUGUAUAGAAUAGAUUACAAUUUAGACUUUGGUGAAUAUUACGAAAGUAAUUACUGCAGAUAGAGGUUAUUUUCUGUUAGAAUGGCGAAAACGGUAAUAAUCAUUCUCUGUCCCCUACAAACUAGUUUUUCGGUUGCUCAAGUGUCUUUAAUCUCGCUAUGUACGGAAAUCUCUAACUCCUACGUUUUGAUUACUUCAGGGUGUGUAUUUGUAAACUUUUUGCACAUUGUAUAGUCUUAGUAUUUAAGCAUAUAUGGCUGUAGACAAAAGUAUUAGCAGUUUUAUCAGUUUCCGGUUCUUACCUGGCUGUUACUGUACUUCUUGACCUCCGAAUUUUGUCUAUUUAGUGUAAACUGUACUUUACUUUUAACUCCUUUUGAUGCAAAUGAUUCUCGUUUUUGAGAUGGGGUCUCUUUUAACCCGAAACAUGUAAGCUACAUUGUUCAGCUUGCCGUGUUUUCAACCUGUCAUUUUUUAUGCUUAGAAUUAUUAAAUUCCAGGUCAUAAAUGUAUGCUAUGUCCCUUGUACACAUUGUAGGCAUUCGGGCUUGUUCCUUUGUUCUGACUUACUUAUGUCAUACAGUUAAAUGACCAUACCAUUGCAUUUUGAAUAUUUGGUUCUUUUGAUGACAAAGCCAAACAGAAAUUGUAUCACGAAACAGUAUUUUUCUUCUCCACAUGUCUUUAUCAGAUGCGGACUAUCUGAAACCACAGUGGUUAUAUAAAAGAAUAAAGGUAAAACACUCUAACUGUUGAAGUGGUGGCAUAAAAAGUGUUCCAAACUAGGUUAUCCCAAAUCCAAAGUAUCAACUGAGGAAAUAUCAAACUUCUAGCAUUAAACUGAUAUGGUGAUCGAUGUAUUUGUGAUCAGAGCGUCUGUGUCCAGCUCGACGUGUCUAUUUCAACUUAACGUCUUGCAAAAUAUAAUUUAAAAAAAUCAAGUAGAAGGCCAGAGGAGUGUAAAGAGAGGAAGAAGGCAGAUAGAAAAAGCCAUAAGUUGUACUAAGAAGAUAUUUAGUGACAAACAAAACUGAUUUUCAAAAAACUGAAAUUAAUAUUCCCUUGGGAUCUGAGUGGGACAUAGAGCUUCAGCGAUACAUCUCCACUUUGUUCUAUUUUC